AUGUGGAUCACUCAGCAACCAUUGCUCAACAUUUUUACAUUCCUUAUCCUUACACUUAUCAGUGUACAAUCACAGUCAAUUCCUGCCUAUUCAACGUGUGAUGAUGGCGAAUCACCAAUCUUCCUUCUACAGCAUAAUGCGACAGCCGGUGACCUAAUCAAGAGAACCACUACAGCCACUCUUAGUGAAUGCACAGAUCACUGUGCUGCGAAUGAUGCUUGUUUGGGUGUCGUUUAUGAAGGCAACUCGUGCAAGCUGUUAUCAUCAAUUGUCGAUAGAAAUGAAUCUGACGAGCGUUUACUCAGUAAAAUAUGUGUUAAGAGUGCUCGUAUUUGCUCAUCACCGUUUCAAUUUGACGUUCAUGAACAAAAGAUUCUGGUUGGAUUCGCUCGUGAGGUUGUUUCGGCAGAUUCCUUAUCGAUUUGUUUAGCAGCAUGCUUGAAUGCUUUUGAUACGUUCGGUUUUGAAUGUGAAUCAGUGAUGUAUUAUCCGAUUGAUUCAGAAUGCAUUUUGAACACAGAAGAUCGUCUGGAUAGACCAGAUCUUUUCGUUGAUGAAUUCGACGAUAAUGUCAUCUAUUUGGAUAACAACUGUGCUGGAUCGCAGUGCUAUGCACCAUAUGUAACUCAGUAUAUUGCGGUUGAAGGACGUCAGUUGGCGAAUGAACUUGAUCAACAGUUCACAGCUGAUCUUGAAUCGUGUGAAUCGCUGUGUACUCAACGAUUAUCCACAUCGGCGAACGACUUCAAUUGUAAAUCAUUCAUGCACAAUGCAAAGACGAAUGUAUGCAUCUUAUCUGAUGAACGCUCGAAGCCGUUAGGACGUGCCAAUCUUCUUGAUGCGGAUGGAUUCACAUAUUACGAGAAGAAAUGUUUUGCAUGAAUUUUAGCACCACGCACAUGUCGCAAUGUCCCAUCGUUCCGUCGUGUUCCACAAAUGAUUCUUGUCGGCUUCGCUGCCUUUGUCAUGGAGAACGUACCAUCAGUAACAAUGUGUCUCGACCAAUGCACUAAUCCACCACCGGAGACUGGCGAUAAUUUCGUUUGUAAAUCAGUGAUGUAUUACUAUAAUGAACAAGAAUGCAUUCUGAACGCAGAAACGCGUCAAACCAAACCUGAUCUGUUUAUUCCUGAGGGUGAGGAAUUCCAGGUAGAUUAUUUCGAUAUCAACUGCCACCUUGAGAGCGAAUCAUGCCCUGAGGGAACAACGUUAAAAUCGAUCCGUACACUGAAUGCCGCACUUCCAGAAGGGGAUGGAUCCAUUCACAUUCUGCAGUCAGCUGGAAAUUCAGUCGGGGAAUGUCUUAACAAGUGCUAUGAAUUAUCUCCAGAUAAAUGCCGUUCAUUCAAUUUUGAUAAGCAAACUUCUGAAUGUGAUCUUCUGUACGUUGAUGGCAAAACAACAUUGCGGCCAUUCGUUCGACCGGGUGUCGAUCUCUAUGACCUGCAUUGUCUUGCUGAUGCGACGGACUGCUCACUAAACAAGGAUGGUGCUGUAUAUUCGCGUUAUCUAUACAGUAAGCAAACCGGCAUUCCAACCGCCCAACAUCAAACCGUCGCCCUCAGUAGAUGUCUGGAUUUGUGUGCUGGCGCUCAGAGAUGUGAAGGCGUUAACUACAAUAGACGCAACGGACAGUGCGAUUUGUUCGAGCAAAUUGAAGGAAAUGGUGAACAGAAUGAUUUUGUUGAUUUCUACAAGAAUUUAUGCUUGUUGAAAGAGGUCGACUCGGGUAUUAGUUCGGCAACUAAUGUACCACAACAAGAACAAAAACAGCAAAAGGCAUCCGGCAGCAGUAAAAGCGAGACCAGCAGCUCAACAGUGACACGAACGUCCUCACAUAAAACAGAUUCAAAAAGCGAGCUUCUUAAUACGAAAAAGAUAAGACCAAUAAUCCGCGAGCAAGAGCCACAAAGGCGUGCACCUGAAGGACGUACUGUAAAAGCGGAAGAGAACGGCAGUACAGAGAUGCAGCAAGAAAGCGAGAAAGAGUCAUCGAUUUCGGACGCAUCGUUAACUGUAUCUGAUUCGGAACAAGCACCUGCUGUGCCAGUUCUGAUUAAGGCCGAUGCCGUACAAACGAUCUGUAACUAUGAAGGCAUUAAAGUUCAGGUGAAGAAUAAUGAAGCAUUCUCGGGUGUUAUGUUCGUAAAGAAUAGAUAUGAUACAUGCCGUGUGGAGGUGUCGAAUAGCGACAGUGCUACACUGGUUCUUGGUCUGCCAGCUGAUUUUGGUAUGCGCUUGGUUACGCAAGAGCCCGACACAUCCUCAACAACAGACACCGAGGAUGGAAGUGAAGAGAAGAUCGAAAAACCAGAAUCUGAACUGCGAGCUCGUCGUCAAAUUGAUGAGACGAUACGCGAUUGUGGUCUUCAAGACAUGUUGAAUGGAACUUAUAAAACAACGGUUGUUGUGCAAACCAACAAUCUUGGUAUUCCUGGUUUGGUGACAUCGAUGGACCAAAUUUAUGAAGUCAGUUGUGAUUACAGCUCAAUGCUGGGUGGUAAAGUUACUGCUGGUGCCAAUCUAACCAUUAGAAAGGAUCACGAUUAUGCUGCGAAUAAUGAAGGAAGCGGAAAAAUUGAACUCGGCAAUCCAGUCUUGAUGCAAAUGCUAAGUGGUGAAGGUGGACAUCAACCUGUUUUGCAGGCAAAACUGGGUGAUAUUUUGGAACUUCGAUGGGAGAUCAUGGCAAUGGAUGAAGAAUUAGAUUUCUUCGUACGUGAAUGUUACGCUGAACCGGGAGGCAGCGCGGUGCGAUCCGAAGAGAAAUUACAACUUAUUGCCGAUGGAUGUCCAACUGCGGCAGUUUCACAAAAACUGAUACCGGGUCCAAUUGAAGUGCAGUCAUCAGCUGUCAAAAUCGCGCAUCUGCAAGCGUUCCGUUUUGAUUCGUCGAGUACAGUUAGAAUAACAUGCCAUCUGGAUAUAUGCAAAGGCACUUGCGAAGAGGCAGUAUGUCUUCUUGGAGGCGAAAAGAAGCAAUCGUGGGGUCGUAAAAAGCGAAGUGAUAGCUCACUAACAGAUUAUGAAACACCAAGAUAUAAAGUACCACGACAUGCACAAGCAACCACAUCACUGAUCGUUAUCGAUCCGUUACAACAAAUCGGUGAAUCUACGGCUCUCGCACGUUCACAGACAUUCGAUUUCGCAAAAGAGGACCCAUCUUUAAGUAUCACUUCACCACCUGGACAACUGUGCAUGGCCAAAAUGACAUUAUUAUCAGUUUUUGGUUUACUGUUCGCAUUGACUGCAAUUCAGGCAGCAGUAGUGGCUCAAUACGUCUUCCGAAGGCUUUUUGCAUCACCAAAAAGUGUCUAUUGA